CGACGAGAAACAGAUCGACUCGGAUCAUACAAGCAAUCAUCGUGCUCGCAAAAAGAUGUCUACGAUGCAUUCGAUGACACGAUCCACUCCAGGACGCAGCGACCGCAGCGGAUUGCAGUUGUCGAGGAUCGCCCUGCCGGCAGAGUUUUCGAGAUCAUCGAUGAGCAUCGCCGAUCUGGCUUGAUCGAGGUGAGGGGGCAAAGACGACAAUUACAACGAGGAGGUAAUGGUGGUAAAGGGAGGAGGAGGAGGAGCAGGAGAAUAAUGACGAAGGUGGAGGAUUACCGUGGCGUGAACUGUGUACGGUGUCGGUGGUACGGCGAGAGCGACAUGCACACCGCAACGUCGACGACGACGGGCCGACAUUCAGGUGGGGUGAUGAUCCCACCCGGAGCGGAGGAGCCCGACGUCCACCUGACGAGAGAGGAUGAUGCCCCGCGCCGGUGGGAGGAAUUUAGGUUACUCGUACCACCGAGGAAUGUGGGCCGACUAUAUACCGGCUCAUCGCGACCGUCCGCCAGUUCAUUCCUUCCCCGGCACCUCAUCGGAUUCGUCGGAUCCGCCACUGCGCUACACACUAUCGGCCCUUGAUCGCUGUCGUCGUACUUCUCAUCGUUGUCUGCGACAGCGAAGUCUCUCCUCGCAGCUUGUCCCUAGGUAAGUUCAAGGGAGAAGCCGGAAGACCCAGGAACUAGAGGCACGCUCGACCGUCCUCGCGAACCCCGCAGCAUCCUCGAGGACCACCGCCUUCUUCAGUUCAAGGACCAUGAGGGCCAUCUGCUUGCUUCUCCUUGGCGUCGUCGUCGUGAGUGCCCAGCGUCGUUUAGCCUUGCCGGAUCCGCGAAGCUGCGCGAACCGUGUUCGUCACGCGACGUACAGGGAUGGCAGGGGGGUCGGGCACUCGUACUUCUUCAGCUGGGAACAUCAGCCGACCAGAAGCCUCGAGGUGGACUGGCUGGACGCUCGCAACAUCUGUCGUCGUCACUGCAUGGACGCCGUGUCCCUGGAGACUCCUCAAGAGAACGAGUUCGUCAAGCAGAGACUAGCGAGAGGAAACGUGAGAUACAUCUGGACAUCCGGCCGCAAGUGCAACUUCAACGGCUGCGACCGACCCGACCUCCAGCCCCAGAACAUCAAUGGAUGGUUCUGGUCCGGAUCCGGCGUUAAAAUCGGAGCGACGACCCAGCGCAACACCGGCGACUGGAGCAACACCGGUGGAUACGGCCAGCCGCAGCCGGACAACCGUGAAGCCGCACAGGGUAACGACGAGUCCUGCCUGUCCAUCUUGAACAACUUCUACAACGACGGCAUCAAGUGGCACGACGUGGCGUGUCACCACGUGAAGCCGUUCGUGUGCGAGGACAGCGAGGAGCUCCUCAACUUCGUCGCGUCCCGAAACCCGGGGAUCCGUCUCUGAAGGGACCAUGACGGCAGCGCGAGGGUGAGGACGGAUCCGUCGUCGUCAUCGAGGAAGCGCCGAGCGCGGACGAUAGCCGCACGCGGGUACACCGUCCACCCUCGCCACAUAUUCGCGUUUAUUUAUAAUUACACUAACCGAUAAAUCCCAAUUAACCGGACCGCGAUCGUAGCGUUUGCGCAAAUUCACCGGUAAGCGGAGCGAUUUUGGUAGCUCGGAGUUGUACGUAGGAGUGGUAUGUAUGUACAAGUGCAUUUAGUAUUGCGCGCACGUAAUCCACGCGACUUUUGUAUUCCUCCCGUACGAGAAUAAAUGCAUUUUCUCAUUUGUAUCCAACAGUGUAUUCGUAUUAUUUCUCUUGUGCCCCUCCUCCGAAUGGUAUUUCCGCUUUUUCGUGGCGACGUUCAAAGUGUUCGGAGCAAGGUCAGCGGAAAUCCGGUGAAAUCUGACAGGACUCGGCGAAGUUGGACAAGGUCUGACGCGUGGUUCAAUUUUAUUCCGGAUGUAUUACUAUUAUACGUGCAAAUAAAUUAUUAAAUUAUUAAGUUUUGAGAAUUGUUAUUGAUUAUAUAAUGUUAUAGAUUUUAUUAUAUCUUGUCGAGCAUUAAUAAAUUAAAAAAGCUAUAAUAUAAGAUUAUAUUUUUACAAACGUGACUUAUGUAUCUUUGCUUUUCAUAUAUAUAUAAUAUUAUUAGAAGUGACAGAAAAUCUCAUGAGAGAUGACAAAUAUUUUUAUGACUAAAUUGUAUUGCGUAUGUUAUGCACCUAAAGCGAAAACGUGCGAAAUAAAGAUUGAAACAUUUUCCACUCC